AUGGGGUUAGAGUCAGUUGACGUCAGCAACAACCAGUUGGAGGGAAAACUUCCGAAAUCAUUGAUCAACUGCACCUUUUUGGAGCUUUUGAAUGUGGAAAGCAACAAAAUCAAGGACACGUUUCCAUCUUGGUUGAGUUCUCUGCCGUCAUUGCAUGUCAUGAUCCUACGAUCAAAUGAAUUCUACGGGCCCGUGUAUCGUCCCCAUGUCUACAUUGGCUUUCAAAGCUUAAAAGUCAUUGAUAUAUCGCAUAACCACUUCACUGGAACUUUGCCAGCUUUCUACUUUUCCAACUGGCGUGAAAUGACAGAAUUAACAGAAGAAGCUGGUGGGUACAUGGCAGAUAUUUAUUUAAACCGUAUGUCGAUGGAAAUGGUGAAUAAAGGAGUCGACACGAAAUUUGAGGGGAUCCAAAAUGACUUGAGAGCGAUUGACUUUUCCAGAAACAAGUUUCAUGGAAUGAUCCCUGAUUCCAUUGGAUUGUUGAAUAAACUACGUCUUCUCAACUUGUCAGGUAACGCAUUCACAAGCAAUAUACCUCAAUCUUUGGCAAAUCUGACAGGUCUAGAAUCGUUAGACCUUUCCCGGAAUCAGCUGUCUGGUCAGAUUCCUCAAGAUCUUGGCAGCCUCUCCUUUUUGGCAGUCAUGAACUUCUCACAUAACAAUCUCGAAGGUCCAAUCCCACGAGGCGGGCAGGUUCGAGUGCAGCCUUGUUCAGUGUUCAUGGACAACCCCAGACUCUACGGCCUCGAAGAUAUAUGUGGAGAAACUCAUCAUAUCUUAAAUCCUACACCACAAGAAUCAGAGGAUUUGUCGGAGCCAAAAGAACAAGUGAUUAGUUGGAUAGCAGCAGCGGUAGCUUAUGUACCUGACAAAAUCACGGAGGAGAUUAAAGAGAUCUUCACCUCAGGAGUGGUGCCAAGAUCCAUCAAUAGCACCCACAUCAGGCUUAUCCCCAAAGUCCCCAGCCCCAAGACAGUUGCGGAGUAUCGCCCCAUAGCCCUCUGCAACGUCUUCUAUAAAAUCAUCUCCAAGAUCUUGACGAGCCGACUCCAGCCAAUCCUCCCAUCUAUCAUUUCGGAAACACAAACAGCGUAUGUCAAAGGAAGAGCUAUCUCUGAUAACGUCUUAAUCACACACGAAGUCUUACAUUACCUUAAGGGAUCGAGAGCUACAAAGCAUUGCUCCAUGGCAGUUAAAACCGACAUGAGCAAAGCCUAUGAUAGGCUGGAGUGGAGCUUCAUCGUUGCAGUCCUAGAAAGACUAGGUUUUCACGCCAAAUGGAUAAAUAUGAUACUCCAAUGCAUCUCAACCGUCUCAUUCUCCUUCCUAGUCAAUGGCGCAGCUCAAGGUUCAGUCCAACCCCAACGCGGAAUCAGACAAGGCGAUCCACUCUCUCCCUACAUCUUUAUCAUUUGUGGAGAAGUCCUCUCUGGACUAUGUAGAAACGCACAAGAUAAUGGCAAACUCUUAGGCAUCCAAGUAUCUCGAGGAAGCCCACGCCUAAACCACCUCCUCUUUGCCGACGAUACUAUGUUUUUCUGCAAAACAAACCAGCAAAGUUGUGAAUCCUUGACCUUGAUACUACAGAAGUACGAAAAAGCCUCUGGACAAAUGAUAAAUGCUCACAAAUCCUCUAUAUCUUUCUCCAGUAAAACACCAGGAGAUAUACGAGAGAGAGUAAAGAAGACACUAGGCAUUGAGAAGGAAGGAGGACAAGGGAAGUACCUAGGCUUACCCGAAAGCUUUGGAAGGAAAAAGAAAGAUCUCUUUUCCUUGAUUGUCGACCGUAUUCACCAACGAUCAGUCAAAUACUCAUCUCGCUUCCUCUCAAGCGCUGGAAAGCUCACAAUGCUCAAGUCGGUACUAUCGGCCAUGCCCACUUACUCCAUGUCCUGCUUCAAAUUACCUGCUGGAUUAUGCAAAAGAAUACAAUCUGCAUUGACUCGAUUCUGGUGGGAUACAAAAAUAGGAGAAAGGAAAAUGUGUUGGCUCUCUUGGGAUAAACUUACAAGAUCAAAAAGAGAUGGAGGCUUGGGCUUCCGCGACAUCCAGAGCUACAAUGAUGCCUUCCUCGCUAAGUUGAGCUGGCGAAUCCUUACCAACCCCGAAUGCCUCCUCGCACGAGUCCUCCAAGGGAAAUAUUGCAAAGAUCACCAUUUUCUACAAGCCCCUUUGCCUAGUUCAACCUCACAUGGAUGGAGAGGAAUAAUUAUAGGCAGAGAUCUCCAUUUGAAGAAGCUGGGGAAAGCCAUUGGCAAUGGUCUCUCAACGUCACUUUGGAAUGAUCCUUGGUUGUCACUUUCAAACCCGACAUGCCCCUUUGGUCCCCCUUCCUGUCAUCAUAAGGACCUAAUGGUCUCAGACCUAUUGACAACUAAUGGUCAUGAUUGGAAUCAAAGUAAAAUCAAGGAUAUCUUACCUCACCAUAGCUCGGAGAUACUUCAGAUCAAACCAAGCAGGAAAGGAGCUCACGAUUCCUACAUUUGGCUUCCAACCAAGUCUGGUGCCUAUUCAGUCAAAACUGGCUACCACACCUCCCUGGAAAUGAGAGAAGACAGUAUCGGAAGAUCAUCAGAACAGAUCAACUGGAAUGGAGACAUUUGGACAGGCAAAUUCUCCCCAAAGAUGAAGGUCUUCCUCUGGAAAAUAGUCCUAAAAGCUCUACCACUUGGAGAUAACCUUCUCAGUAGAGGUCUCCCGGACAAUGCUUGUUGUGUCCACUGCGGAGACCUAGAAACUGCCGAACACCUCUUUUUCAAUUGCCAUUUUGCCCAACAAGUCUGGUCCCUAACGCCUCUCAAAACACCCAUAAACCCAUCCUUGGUAACCAGCUUCACAACCAGCCUCGUAGCCUCCAAGCAUAUGAUCUGCCUCCCACCUACAGGCCUAAACCGAGGACCGAUAUUCCCUUGGCUCAUCUGGUCUAUAUGGACAGCGAGAAACUACCUAAUCUUCGAGGAGAGAGCAUUCACACCAGAAGAAACCAUACUAAAAGCCCUGUUAGAAGCCAAGGAAUGGCAGUAUGCCCAAAACAACAUCGAUAUCUCCUUGCCUACACCAUGA